UGCUCCCAUAGUACGCUGUACCACUCCAUACCAGUAAGUGGCGGCAGAGCACCACCUCGUUGUUUGCCAGCCACCAAAAACAUCACAAUAAUAAGAAGAAACAUAGUUCAACCAUUCAACAUGGCGCGGGAAACCCGGGAAGAGAUGGAGAUAGAUACCCGCGGAGAAGUCGAUGAAGAGGCGGACAGUAUCCCUCAGUCGACUUUAAAACUGUACGAGACACAGUUUUUUGGUUUCACUCCGCAGACAUGUAUGUUGCGGGUCUACAGCGCCUUUCAGGACUGCCUGUACGACAUUUUACCCGUCGUGGAGAAGGUGUGUGUGAGGCAGCUAAGCAAAGGCGAGGCAGACGAGGAGCUGCUCCGGUCCCGGGCCACGGAGUGUAGCCGUAAGUUGCAGCAGUUCCUCGAAGAGCGGUUCAAGCAGCAGUCUGAGCGGAUGGAAGCGCUGCUGGUCAACCGCUGCUUCUCCGUGCCGCCUAAUGUCCUCCUCCCCGAGGACGAGUCACACAAGAAGUACCCCCAAGACAUACAGGAGGUGCUGAGGCUGGAGGCGUCCAUUGUUGACCUCCAGAGAGCCUACGAAGCAGAAGUCUGUGCCAGACAGGCCCUGCUAGCUGAGCUGGAGGAGCAGAGGGAGGUGCAGAAGCACCUGGAUGAGAUCCUGGAGUGGGUCCAAGAGCUCCAGGCUGCCUGGGUAAAGGAAGGUAACGGCAGCUUUCAUGAAAGUUUCCGGCUGGCGAUGGAGUCCGUUAAAAAGCUGCUGGAGGCCGUCGGCGAGGUCUGCAACAAGGCGCCUCAUUGAACUGAACUCAAAUUUGUAAAAUUAUAUCCGAUAGAGAUCAUUUAGAAGAAGUUCAACAAUUUCGCCCAGUGUUUAUGUAGUUUGUAGAUAAUUAAUCACCAAUGAAUUAAUGCUCCAAAUGUUGUAAAACAGCAUACAUUACUCUUCCUCAAGCACAGGGUUCUUGUUGAGACCUUUAGCCAAGUAAGUGGUUUUGUCAACUUGGUCAUUUUUGGUCGCGGUUUGUCAUAAAGAAGACGGUCACUCCCUGUUAAAAGAAGACAAAGACAAUGAGGCCAAAACAUGCAUGUGCGUUCAUCAAAUCACUUUGAAAAGACAAAACAGCAACAACAGCUAACAUUACUUUUACCUUUCCACAAUGUAAUGCAAAUAAAAAAGCAGAUUGAUGGAUCUCUGUCAGUUUAACUGAUGUAUUUCUAAUACCCAGGUUGUUUUCUGUCACCCUCAUCUUCAAUAUCUCAAAAUGUCAACUCCAAUUUCCCUACACCUCCUAUUUUCUCAACUUUAUUUGUAACUUGAGGGUGGUAGUAUUUGCUUGAUUGUCAUUGAACUGGAUUGCAUUGGAUUGUUGGGGUGUUUAUGAUAUUGUGUCCACCCUCUUGAGUUACAUUUUUAAGCUGCAGUGAUGCCCAGCAGAGGGCACUCUCUGCUUGUUAUUGUUUAAUCCAGCUACUCUUGAAGUGUGAGCCGGUUUGCUGUUCAAGUGAUUGACACAGGUCCUGUUCUGACCUGGUUUUAACAUCUGUCCUGAUCACAAGUGGACAGCUCUAGGUACGUGUGUUUUCACCUGUCUGUAGAAUCUGUCCCCAAAUGCGUCCUCAGUGACCACUUGUGACCGGAUCUCACUUCCCUGCUCUAUAUACAAAUAAAAACGUACAUCAUUUCUGUUUGCA